UCCUCUCCUUUCUCCUAGCUCGAAUAGCACAGCACGGUAAAGGCCCCAAUCUGAAACCCUAAUUUUUUUCCGAUCGAUUUUGAUUUUGCUUCCGAAGCUCUUCAAUCGCAGAAUGCCUCAGAAAAACGGCGCCGAACAACAGGAUAAUUCGGCGAAAUUGCAGCGCUCGAAAACGAUUAAAUUAGCGGAUGAUAAUGAGAAGAAGAGUUUGGUUAAGAAGAUUAAGGAUUCAGAGAUCUGCGUUCCUAUUGUGUAUGGUAACGUCGCAUUUUGGCUUGGAAAGAAGGCGAGCGAGCAUCAAUCACACAAAUGGACAGUUUAUGUCCGUGGUGCAACGAACGAGGACUUGGGAGUGGUGAUAAGGCGUGCAGUUUUCCAACUUCAUUCGAGUUUUAACAACCCGACAAGGAUAAUCGACAGUGCACCAUUCGAGCUAUCAGAAGCUGGAUGGGGUGAAUUCGAAAUUGCCAUUACCCUUUAUUUUCACAAUGAUGUUAGUGACAAGCCGUUGCACCUAUAUCACCAUUUGAAGCUAUAUCCUGAAGAUGAUUCUGGUCCACUCUCCACUAAGAAGCCUGUUGUUGUGGAAUCUUACGAUGAAAUUGUUUUCUCAGAGCCUCCCGAUGCUUUCUUCGCUCGGGUGCAAAAUCAUCGUGCGGUUGUUGUGCCUAGACUACCUCCAGAUAUUGCAUUGCCUCCCGCACCUAGUGAGGAUGUUGACAGCAAAACCAGAGGCAACACCAAGGACCAUCCCCUGACCCAAUGGUUUACCAAUUUCUCUGAAGCGGACGAACUAUUGAAACUUGCAGCAGCUCGACAGCAGGUACAAGCGCAUAUUGCGCGACUAAGGAGGCAAUUGAGUUUGAUGGAGGGACAGCAGCAGCAGCAGCAACAACAACAACAACAACCGAAGCCAACUUCUGACGUGUAAUCGUCACACAUCUAUCUCAUACAGGUUAAGUUUUACCAUUCCGAUAUUUUGACAGUUAUAUCCUUUAUUUGUUGUUACAUGUAAUUUGUGGGUUUUUUUUUUUUUUUUUUUUUUUUCUUCUUGUCUUCAUUUAUUGGUCUUUUUAAAGUGAAUUUUUGAGGAGAGGAAGAUUUUGUGCUGAUCC